ACAAGAUCUACUGUAGGUUUAGUGUUAGAGCCACAUCAGAAAUCGGCUUUAUUACAGAGAUGCACUGUUCAGGCAGCGGGACUUCUCCACCCUUCCAGCGAGGAUCUGUAAUUUACACGACAACAGCAGGGCGCCUGUCGGAUCUCCAUUGGACUCUGCGCUGGAUCUCCCACAGCUCCACUGCUGCUGCUUCUGCCGCUGCUGCCGCUGCUCCAUCACCAAACCCUCACCGCCAAAAGAGGAGCAGAAGACGGUCUGGUUUCCGUGCCAUGUGCAGAACGACAUGUAUGUGUGAUUUCAUGCGGUGACAGCAGAGGGGAAUGGACCAGUUGUCAUCAAAUUCCUGCAGACGCACCGACGGUGAUACACUGAGAGCUGUCGUUUAGAGAGAAGACCUUCAUACGCAGCAGCCAAUCCGAGAGAAACGUUUUUUUUAUUGCCUGUGAAAAGGAUCAGAGAUCGCUUCCAUGUCUACCAUAACAAUGGGGGAGCAGCCCAUCUACAGCACGAGGGCCCACGUCUUCCAGAUCGACCCCAACACCAAGAAGAACUGGCUGCCCACGAGCAAGCACGCUGUCACUGUCUCCUACUUCUAUGACAGUACGCGUAAUGUGUACCGCAUCAUCAGCUUGGAUGGCACCAAGGCAAUAAUCAACAGCACCAUCAGUCCCAACAUGACGUUCACAAAGACCUCACAGAAGUUUGGCCAGUGGGCGGACAGUCGAGCUAACACCGUCUAUGGGCUGGGAUUCUCCACCGAGCAUCAUCUCGCCAAGUUUGCAGAGAAGUUUGCAGAGUAUAAAGAAGCAGCACGGCUCGCUAAAGAGAAGAGUCAAGAAAAGAUGGAGAUGGCCACGUCUCCCUCUCAGGAGUCUCCAGGAGGCGAGCUCUCGUCACCUUUGACCCCGGUGACUCCGCCCAUGGAAAACAUCAACGGCACAGACGACAUCUGUGACACAACUCCCAACUCAGACAGCCGUCCAGAGCCAUCUCAGAACGCACUGGCCUUCGCACACAGCCCCGCCAUGACAAAACACUGGGAGGCUGAGCUGGAGGCACUAAAGGGGAACAAUGCCAAGCUAACGGCAGCUCUGCUAGAGUCCACAGCCAACGUCAAACAGUGGAAACAACAACUGGCUGCCUACCAGGAGGAGGCUGAGAGACUACACAAACGGGUGACAGAGCUCGAGUGCCAGAGCAACCAAACCCCAGUGAUCAAAUCACAGAAGACCGAACUCAACCAAACCAUAGAGGAACUGGAGAACACGCUAAGGGAUAAGGAAGAGGAAAUGGAAAAGUUGAAAGAGGAAAUGGAGAAUAUGAAUGACCUGAUGGAGCAGAAAGACACCCUUACGCAGAAACUUGAGGAGACGGAGCUGCGCAGUCGGGUGCUGGAGGAGCAGUUGGCGGGGGCCGAGCAGCGGAUGGAGGAGAACCAGGAGGAGCAAGAGAAUUUCAGAAAGAGCCUGCGGACGCUGCUGGAGCUGCUGGACGGCAAGAUCUUUGAGCUGACGGAGCUCAGAGACACCUUGGCUCGGCUCAUAGAGGAGGCCAGCUAGAGACGGAGCUGCCUAAUCUUCACAGACAGAGCCAUAUGAUAAUUUACACCCUGACACCACCCCCCCCAACUCACCCACACCCAAUCCACCCACCUUCCUUCCUUCUUCACCACACACACAUUUAAACUGAGACACUACACUGCCCCCAAUUCUGAUUUUGCUCAAAAAAGGGCAGCUAACAUCCAACCGCAGGCACUCCUGUAGUUCAAGACAACGCAGGAACUACCUCAUCUUGCCUUCUGAUUGGCUGGUGUAGGAGUGACCUCGGUUGAAUUGAUCUCCCCACAAGUAGAGAUGCCUGUUGUGGCAACUGCCCCCUAAAUCCACCCACUCACCCACACACUCUCAAAGAGUUAACUUGAGAUCUGUGCCUCAGUGCCAUCUGCUGUUUGACCGGGAGAGCUGCAGCACAGCUUGGAGCAUCACAACAACACACACACACACAAACACACCCCUCUCUUUCUUCCUCUCUAAACUGCCCCCCCAAGGGGAAUGUUGAAAGUCAUGUGGAAAUAAUUGCUGUUAAGACUCAGAGAACUGCGCCAAAGCUGCCAAAUCCCCCCAAAAUAUUGUCCUCUAACUAGCAGAUGCUUUGAUCCAAAGUGACUUACUGUACAGAGAAGUACUGAACAGAGAGUCCUAUGUUUGGGCUCGGGCUGCCAGUGGAGUGUCACUGGAAUUAAAGGACGGCUCUCAACAAGCCAGUCAGUCUUACCUAUUGGCCAGGACACACAGGGCUGCUGGGAAAGUCUACUAAUCCAAAAUGACUGCUGUAAAUUCACACCCUAUUAAAAAUCCAACAUGAUAGAUGAGUAUUGAAUCUUCCAGAGCCGUUGCUUGUGCCACACCGAAAUUUUAGAGGGCCCGUCUUAGAUUCAUGAGAGUUCAUGUAUCCAGACUGCUUCCACCGUCACAGACACCUGACCUGUCUUCCUGCCAAACUCAGUGUGGUGUGUGUUCCCCAACAAGGCCUGACCUUUGACAUAACGUGUGCCUUCAAAGCACAUAUGCGUGGACACAUGUUUGUAUAUAAAAUAUGUGUGUGUGAUUUGUGCUGUGAGAGAAAGACCCUGUUUUUGGACAUCAAGGCCAACACACACUGAGCAAUACCAGACAGGCUCUAUACGACACCUCAUCUAACUAUCUAUCAGGUACUCUACUCAGUGGACUCAUGCAGAUAGGUCAAAUGCAACUCAGCCGAUCCCCCCCCAACCCCCAAAGCCCUCCCCUCCCACCUCCCUCCCAUGUCCGACAGAAAGUGAACUACUGUUGACCGCGAAACCUGUGUGGCAGCCGUGUCUGUGGUCGAAGUAGUGCAUCGUGAAGGGCUUCUAGAGUGUCAUCUACGUGUUCGUAAAUCUCCACCCUCAGUGAAACUGGCCGCAGAUUUUCACUCCUCACGGGUGAAUACAGAACUGUACUCAGUUUCUAUUCUUUUUUACACAGGAUAUAACACUGAUGAUAUAAUUAUACAACUGUAUACGACAACUUUCUACUCAUGACAUUGUAAAUGAAUGGAUGAAAAUGCAGUAACGCCCUGCAGUGGCUUAUUGUCGUGUAUUAACCCACGGAAAAGUAUUGCAUAGUUAUUAUAGAGUAUCUAGUCUGUAGGUAAACAAUGAAAACCUCUUCAAUAUAUAUUCAAAUGCGUAACAACACAAUGUAAACACAUAGUGUUAAACGUUAUGUACCAAAACGUACUUCUGAAGCAGCUCCUGUACCAGUAAAAUCCAAAACUGUCUCUUAAAAUCUCUUUCUUUAAACACACAAAAUUUCUCAACAUCCUCACAUGAAAUGCUGCUUAUGUUACCUUUUAAUUGAGCACCCUGUUUGCACUGUGUUAUUACACUGUUGUAACUACAUUAUAUAUCAAGAGAUUUGCAUUAAAUAUUAGCACAGCAUAAUUCUGUACGUAGAUCAUUGUAGUUAGUUACACCGGUUAAUACACUGGAAUAAGACCCAUGUAAAGGAAGUUACCCAAUUUUUUUUUUCUGGUUUAACUUUGACAGUCGAAUGACAGACAUGGAAAACCUUGAUAUUAAUGCUAUUGUUAAUGAAUGCCUUUGUACAGUAGUGGAUAAGAAGCUUUUCAUUCUCCUGUUUUGUAACUUAUGGUAUUUAAAUGUAGGUAUUAUUAUUAAUGUAUUUAGAGGUAUGAGAAGACUGGCAAUAUUUUUGACUAUUUAAAGUAAUUUUGAACUCAUGAUAUUAAAGAGGUACCUCAGGCUAAUGAUGUUCGUAGAUUGGUGAGACUUGUGUGUGUUUGCAGGUGAAAGGAUUUGCCAAAUGCUGGUGAAAAAAUGAUCAGCAGACACACCUGUUGGUGCUUCAGCCAAACUGAAUCAUUUGUUGAAUUCAAACAAAGACAGCCCUACCAGGCUGAGAACACACCUCUGUGAACUGAGAAAUGCUAUGUUUUAUAUUCAAAUACAGUGGCAGCAGAA